GAUGAGGAUCCCGAAACAAGCUGGAUUCUGCUUUUGGAAGAUGACUUGAUUGCCCUGUUGUCACAGUUUCCAUUUCAUGAAAUCUUUCAGCACUUCCUUGGGUUUAAGUCUGGAGGUGCUUACUUUCCUGAAAAAACAACUCCCCAGGAGAUGAUGAAGACUUUUGCUUUUGCAAACUCCUUAGUGGAACUUCUGUCUGUGGGGUUAGAAACAUUUAACAGAGCACGGUACCGACAGUUUGUGAAGCGAAUUGGUCAACUGAUCAAGAUGACACUUUGUCAUGUGAGUGACCACUGGGCCCAAUACGUUAGUGGCAAUAGACAAUAUGGAUCAGUAGCACAUCUCUACUCUGUGGAAAAAUUGCAACUGGAGUUUGAUGAGUUAUUUUUUAGAGCUAUUCUACAUGUUCUGAAGGCAAAAAGGUUAGGAGUCUGGUUGUUCAUGUCGGAGAUGCCUUACGGAACCUUAUCCAGCAACAUGCUUUGGAGGCUCUUCUUUGUCAUGCACUGCGCAGAGAGUGAGCACCUGGAAAAGCUCUGUUCUACUCUGCAGCCUGCUGACUGCAAACAAAGACUCAAAGACCCAGACCACCUCGAAAAUUUUGAAAAGUAUCUCAAAUCAAUGAACUGCUCGGAAGAAAUUUGUCUGCUCACCACAUUUGCUCAGAUGGCACAAACCAAACGGGCUGAUGUUGACGAGGAUUUUAUCAAAAUCAUUGUUCUGGAGAUAUAUGAGGUGUCCUAUGUUAGUCUUUCCACAAGAGAGACAUUUUCAAAAGUUGGUCGAGAACUCUUGGGAGCAAUUGCCAGCAUCCAUACGCAGAUUAUUUCUGUACUGCUGGAUCGAGUUAGAGACACCAUCAACAAAGUUGGAAUGGUUUCAUUAUAUCUGUUUAAAGAACUGCCGUUGUACCUGUGGAAGCCUUCUUCAUCUGAGAUAGCACUGAUUCGUGACUGGUUAUUAAAUUACAGUCUAACAACAGUGGAGAAUAAACUAGCCUGCAUUAUCUUGGAAGGGCUAAACUGGGGAUUUGGUGAGCAUCAGGAUGCUCUUCAUCUAGAUCCGGCAGUCCAUUCUGAAGUUGCAUUGAUGAUCCUGGAAGCAUAUCAGAAAUAUCUCUCCCAGAAACCGUAUGCUGGGCUGCUUUCUGAAAGCAUAAAACAGGUCUCCUACUUAGCCAGCAUUGUUCGUUAUGGAGAAACACCAGAGACUUCCUUUAAUCAGUGGGCAUGGGGUUUGAUUUUGAGGUUAAAGCUUCACAGAAAUGACCGUGCUAUGCAGCAUGGCUGGCCUGCGGUCCCUGUGUCUGACAGGGUGCUCGACAUGACGGAGUCGGUCACGCUUCACCCCCUCUUGAAGGCUGUUAAAGCAAGCAUCCCGAUCGGCUGCUACCUGGCACUGGCAAUGACCACGCUUGGUCACAACAUUGAGAAGUUCUGUGCUGAAGGGAUCCCUCUUUUGGGUGUACUCAUCCAGUCUAGAUACCUGAGAACAGUAGUCCAUGUGCUGGAUAAAAUUUUACCCUUGUUUUACUCUUGCCAGUAUUAUCUCCUGAAGAACGAACAAUUUUUAUCUUAUGUCCAACUGUUCCUUCAUCUGGAUAGUGGAGUCCCUCAAGGCGUGACCCAGCAGGUUACCCAUAAAGUAACACAGCACUUGACAGGAGUGAGCUAUGGAGAAAAUGUUAAGCUGCUCAGUAGUAUGAUACAGACUCACAUUUUUCGAAGUGACCAGCCAAAUGGAGUGGGGCCGGCUGCGGUACUGGAGUUCUGGGUUCAGGUCCUCACCAGCCAGCAGCUGUGGCACAGGGACCAGGCAACACUUUUCUUGCUGGAUGACUUGUGUAAAGCUGCUUUCCAGUACAGUCAAGAGGACUGUGUACAAAAGCUGCUCUACCAACAACACAAGAAUGCUUUAGGCUAUCACUGUGACAAAGGUCUACUGUCUUCACUUGUUAGCUGGAUUGUGGCAGGCAAUGUGACACCUUCCUUCGUUGAGGGCAAUGCAAAUUCCUCUCAGGUCUGGUUUUCAUGGAUAGUGUUAAAUAUGGAGUCAAUAUUUGAGGAAGACUCGCAGCUUCGCAGAGUUGUGGAGGGAGAGUUGGUUAUUAAUGCUUUAACUCCUGAUCAAGCUUUGAAGAAAGCACAGACCCAGCUGAAGCUGCCCAUCGUACCUUCCCUUCAGAGGCUCAUGAUUUACCGCUGGGCUCACCAGGCCCUUGCUACCCCUGCUGAUCAUCCUCUGAUGCCGCUAAUCUGGCAGAAAUUCUUCCUCCUUUACCUUCACCGACCAGGACCACAAUAUGGAUUACCUGUAGAUGGCUGUAUUGGAAGACGUUUUUUUCAGAGUGCAGCUCAUGUUAACUUACUAAAUGAAAUGAAGCAGCGCUUAAUAGAGGUAGCAGACUUCCACCAUGCUGCCAGUAAAGCACUAAGAGUGGAGAGCCCUGCAGAGGGCAGAGACAGAUCACCAGAGAAGGCAAGCUGCUCGCCGGAUUACCUGACCUCACCAGAACUGCAUAAGGAACUUGUCAGGCUUUGUAAUGUUUUUGUUUUGUGGUUGGAAGAGGAGAGUUUCCAGAAAGGAGACACGUACAUUCCUUCUUUACCAAAGCAAUAUGAUGCACAUAGACUUGCUAAAGUCAUGCAGAAUCAACAGGAUUUGUGGAUGGAGUAUGUCAAUGUUGAACUUGUACACCAUGAGUUUCAGGAAGCUCUAAACCUUUGGCUGCAUGUUCAGCUUGAAUCACAUACGACCUGUGUUUCUGCAGGGCAAACAGAUUUCACCAGCCCUUUAGCAGCCAAAGAGAGGAUAAUGAAUAAUUUGAAGAAGUUUGAUACUCCCAAGCCCCUUCUUCCGCUCCAGACGAUGAAAGCUCCUGUGCCAGUUAUUUCGUCUGCCAGUCUAGUAAGUCAGAAAGAAGCAAGUCAGCUCAUGCGCAUGGACCUUAACAUCUUGCAGCAACAUGCCAGAACUGCAGCUCUCUGGGAAUCUCAACAUGUUGCUCUCAAUAGUGAAAUAUUGGACACAGUACCUAAGCUGUAUGUCAAUCGGGAAGAGCAAAUCACCCUCCAUUUGGAGUGCCGGGGAACUUCAAAUAAAGGCUGCCAGGGAGCAGCUCUUCUGACCGUCCAGUUUGAAGGGAAACAUAAAAAUGAAGCAGUGAGCCAGCAGCUUCAUGCUUUGCGUAAAGAAGUGAGACAACUGCAGGCAGAAGCUACGAAGCCACCUUCUCUGGGUGUUGUGGAAGCAGCAGUACAUGUGGAAAAUUUUAUAACGGCCUUAAUAAAUAUCUACAAGGUGCAGCCUAUGCCUGCAAUUAAGAAAGUUGGAAUUAGUUUGUUUUUUACAUUAGUGGAAUAUGUGUGUGAUGAAACUCAACGCAAUCCUCCUACAAGGCAAUUCUUCACGUCCUGCAUUGAGAUUCUAGGCCAAGUAUUCAUCAGUGGGACCAAGUCAGAGUGCAAACGUCUCCUCCAGACGAUCCUGCAGAAUCGAAGGCUCUGUACUCUCCUUUCUCCUUACUUCACUCCUGUUGCCUCUCCCAAUGAAUUUGUGACUUUAUACGAAAAUGUCGUGGCCUUUCUGAGUGAGGAUAACAGUGAUGUUGUCUUCAUGCUGCUGACAAAGUUUGACCUUACACAGUGGUUAAGCAUUGCUAAGCCACCUCUAUCUGAACGUACCAAGCUUCUGGAGUCUAUUCACUUAGCUCUCAAUGCAUGUGGCCUUGAACCUGAAGAAGACAUUUUGAUGCCAUUUAAUAUCUUCUGCAAGCAUUGGAGUAACCUUCUCCAGUAUCAGUUCCCUGAUCACUAUAGUGACUUCCUAAGAUUGUUUGUGCAAAGCUCAUCAGAGCAGCUUUUAAGCCCUGACUGUUGGAAGGCAUCACUUAAAGCCUUGGGAUGUGGUUCACCAGUGACUGAACAGGGAAGCUUCAAGAAAAGUGAUUCUACUGAAAGUCCUGUAUUGCAGGAUGCUGCAAAAACUCUUCUCUCUGCAGAACAGGUUAGAGAGACACUAGAAUGGCUUUCCACAUCUUUCUGCAAACUCCGGCUGUCUUCAGUGGACUUCAGGACUUUUGGCCUGUUUUCAAAAUGGAGUCCUUAUGUGGCUGAAGUGAAUAAAUUUCUGGAGUAUCUUAUUAAACGACUUAUUGACACUGAAGCUGCCAAUUUAGGCCAAGAGCCUGUUGGCAGUAACAGAAUUCUAGCAGCACUGCAGUCCUUGUAUUCAGUCAUUGCUGGACUCUUUAAACCAUGGAUACUGGUCAUGGAAAAGGAAGAUGCAAGCAAGCAGCCCUGCUACCCUUGGUUAGAGAGCGACACUCCUGUAGCAUCCAGCAUGGUCUGCUUGUUUACUGACUGCGUCAAGCUUUUGCACGAGAACUUUAAAGAUAAGCUGUUGCCAAGCCACCAUGGGGCUCUCUGGUUACAUCUAAUGUAUUACUGUGAAUGUUGCACAGCCCCCAAAAUGCCAGAGUUUAUUCUCUAUUCUUUCCAUACUGAGUUCAGAAGGCUUCCAUGGAAGGAAAUGCAUCCAGACCAGAUGCUUAUGGAAGAGUUCUUUAAAAUUGAAAGAGGCAGCCCCAAGAGUUGUUUCUUAUUCUUGGGUUAUGUUUUAUGUGAAAUAAACUGGGUCAGCGUCCUCUCUGAUGCCUGGAAUCCCAAUCCUCAUCCUCAGACUCACAACAUGAUUGUCUGUUUGCUGUAUAUGAUGGUCCUGCUGGCAAAGGAGGAACAACUUAUAGGCAAAGAG